CGGAUUGUCAUGGAAUCGUGGGAACAGGUCUUGUGUGCCCUUGUGAUAGCUGCAGCCAUAGACUGGGCCUAUAGGUGGUAUCUUGACACCAGUAGAGAUGUCAAUGCUGUUUAUUUGCAACAACAAUCCACCAUUGGAAGCACAAGAAAGUCAGAAGAAUCCGCCAUUUAUACAUCUAGUAAACUCCAUCAAGGACUUAGAGGCGGGUUGGAAAUUAGAUAUGAUCACUACAAGAUUCGUAGUGGGAACAUGCGUGAUGUAUGGGAGCUUCUUAUCAAUCAAACUCGUAGAACGGGCCAAGAUUCCAAAUGGUUCAGGACAUCAAAUUGGCUGAUUACAGUUGGUCAAUUGAAUUCUGCCAUGAAAACCUUGGGUGAACAAUUAACUGCCAAUUCCAUAUCUGUAGUAAAUUUUGUUAAAGAUGAUCUUUUCCAACUGCCAGAAUCUUUAGUUGUAUUGAUUGCAUGUUUGACCCAUCAGGUGACUGUACAUUUCAUUGAUUUAAACGAGAUCAAUGAUGACAUUUCCUAUGAUUCAACCAAGCAAGUUGUGGGCGAAUUCCCCAUCAUUUUUUCAGAAAAAUCAUCAUCUCUUGAAUUUAAAAAUGUAUACGAAAAGAAAUUUGAUGAAGGAGUCGCUAUAAAGGUUACUACAAAGAAGGGGAGAUUUAUUACUAGAAGUACAUUUACUCAAGCAAAUUUUACCAGUGCAUUGGCAUCAUUUUUAAAGCAUCUUCCAGAAGAUCAUGCAUUGACUUCUAGUGAUAGCUUGGAAUUGAUCCACGAGAAUGGAUUGGAAGUAAACUCAAUCUUAACCAUGUUAGCAACUUGUAUCACCAAUACCACCCUCUGUAUCAACAAAGAAACCACGGAGAAGCCUACUAUUUUGAAGCUUAGUGAUCAAAAAUUUGUAGAGUUUGCAGAUGAAAAUUUGAAACCUUCUUCAACAUCUUUCCCAUAUUCCAUUAGUCUUAAAAGAUCAAUUAAUUUGUUAUCACAAGGAAUAUUUUCUCCAAUUUUCCCUCGAAUCAUCAAAUCCAAUUCAAAGUUUCUGGAAUUAAGAUUGAUUUAUAUCACUCAUGAGCUUGGUCUGCCAAUGUUGAUAACUCCCGCAGAACUCAAUAAAUGGAGAGCACUUUCCGGAGCACGUAUUGUUGUCGAACACAUCCAUCCAGGAGUUGUUGGAUCUGUUUUAGUUACAGAUUUUUAUGAUUAUAGAAAUCUCGAAUUAUCCCCCACCAAAAUCUCUGGAUAUGGAGGAAUUUCUCAAUCUUUAGAAAUAAAAUUAAUCAAUGAAGAUAAGAAAUCAGGAUAUGACGGUACAUACGGACAAAUUUAUGUUCGUGGAUAUAUAAUUGGAACUACUGAAAAACAAGUUGUUGGAUUACCACAGGGCCCACAACAUAACCAGCCAAAUGAAGGAUUUAUGCCACUUGGAUUGCUGGGUAAAUGGGGUAAUGAUGGAUGUUUAUAUGUAAAUAGAUAA